CCUUUGUCAACACUAAUCAAUUCUCACGUGUAAGAAUUCAACGUUUUGUUUUCCUUCUAAUUUCGGCCUUAAUUAACUUAAAAUGAAGCGCUUGUCUGACGAACGUGCGAAGAUCCUGUUCGAGCACCUGUCCAAAUACAUUGGCACCAACGUGAAGCAGUUGAUCGACCGCCCGGAUGGAACAUAUUGCAUUCGGGAGCACCGCGACCGGGUUUACUACGUGUCCGAGAGGAUCCUGAAGCUGAGCGAGUGCUUUGGCUACAAACAGCUGGUCUGCGUGGGCACCUGCUUCGGCAAGUUCUCCAAGACCAACAAACUGAAGUUCCACAUCACUGCGCUCUACUACCUGGCGCCCUACGCCCAGUACAAGGUGUGGGUUAAGCCCUCCUUCGAACAGCAGUUCCUCUACGGCAACCACAUCCCCAAAACCGGACUCGGUCGCAUCACGGAGAACGCCGGUCAGUACCAGGGUGUGGUGGUCUACUCCAUGAACGAUCUGCCCCUGGGAUUCGGAGUCCUGGCCCGUUCCACAACGGACUGCAAGACCGCCGAUCCCAUGACCACCGUCUGCUUCCACCAGUCGGACAUCGGCGAGUACAUUCGCGCGGAGGACACGCUCUUUUAGAUUCCUAGGUGCUAAGUUUUUACAUGUUUUAUAGCAAUCACCAUGUUUAGGUUAAUAAUAAGUAUGCUGAGAAAAACUGA